GAUAUACAUCAUGUUUACAAUAUGACAGAUCUUUGUAAAACUUAAUCUUCCAAGUGCUGUUUGGAGAUUUUAAUGUUACUAUUUUCUUUGGCUUUUUCAUUUUUAAAUUGAUGCAUUUAGAACAGCAAAGAUUAAAUAUUAUUGAAUUGUGACUAUAUUUUGAUAUUAUACUUUGAUAAAGUAAAAUGCAGCGACAAAUAAUUUCAAAAUAUAACCUCAAAGUAUGAAACAUUCAAGUUAAUUACGAAUAUUAUGAAUACUAUGUCAGGUUUAGAUUUAUUAAGUACGUAUGCUUCUGAUUCCGAAGAUGAUGAAGUUAAUGAUAACGAAAAAUCUAAGAAAAAUUCUGAACGAUUACCUUUACCUGGAAGCAUUGUAACAUGGAAAGGUGUUCCUCAUCAUGAAGAAGUAUAUGAUGAUUCAUCACAACAUGAGGGGAGAAUGAGGAGUUUUAAACAUGAACGUGGUAACUGGGCUACUUUAAUUUAUAUUGAUUAUGAACCCAGCGAGGAUAUGCUCUCAUGGAUGUUUUCAAUUUUGGGAGAAGUGCCAAUUAAAUGUAAUAUAUUUUCUGAGCAGUUUCAUAUUAGUUUAUCAAGAACUUUAAUUUUAAAGUUUCAUUGGAUUGAAUCCUUCGUAGAAGAAACCAAGAAGUUAUGUGAGCAGACAGAUCAAUUUAGUUUGGAGCUUUCAAAUGUAAAAGCAUACACUAAUGAGGAAAGAACUCGUACAUUUCUUGGGAUAGAAUGUGUUGACUAUAAAGGAGUUCUUGAUCAUUUUGUAAGAAAUGUUAAUAAGUUCCUUACUGAAUAUGAUUUACCACCUUUCUAUGAUGAUUCCUCCUAUCAUAUAAGUUUUUUAUGGUGUCUUGGGAAUGAGCUAUCAAUUCUAGAUGAUCAAAUACAUACUUUGACUAUUAAAUUAAAUCAAUUUUUGGUUGAGCAUACAGAAACAAGAUAUGUACAUGUUACCAAAAUACAUCUUAAAAUUGGGAACAAAUUAUAUGUAUUUAAAUUAAGAUAAUAAAUAAUUCUUAAUAAAAAUUCAAUAUAAAA